AUGCGAACAAGGACUCACAGCAAACCUCAAUUACCUCAGGUCAGUCCCACCCUCACUCGCGCCACCAGAUCAACCAACAAUUCCUCUCCCGACAAGAUGAACUCCACUAUCACGGCAAAGGGUCCCAACUAUGCCGAAACAGACCCUGUGUCGCUCAGAUGGAUCAAUGAUCGCACCUUUGCCAUUUCCGGCAUUGAUCAGGAGAUUCUAGAGACUUAUCAAGCUGAGGACCAAGCAAGAAGUUUUAGCAAGCCUCAAAGUCCUAAUGAUCGCCGUGCUGCACGAAGGGCUCGCCGUGAAAGUGCUCACGAAGCUAUUUUCUUCACUGGUCUAGCAUCCAGCCAGAAUGGACAGACCAAANAGAAGCCCGAGUCCGACGAAAGCACAGGCCAUCUGGAAACACAUGAGAAUGCUUCGUUCAAUCGUUCUACAAUGACUUCUUUCAAUGGCAAUGGAGACAACACUGCAUCAGAUAUCGAUGAUCCUGAAAAGGAUGACGAUGCUGAUGACGAUGAUCACGUCUCGAACAACUUUCAGCCUCUGGCUCGAGGCAUUACCUUAUCAAAACGAGGUGGCACAGUGAAACGAAGACGACGAGGUGGCGCUCAGUCAGCAUCACGACAGCCUUCUCGCGAGCCUUCACCCGAGCUACCUCUUCUGGCGCCAGAAGAGGAUAUCGUCAGCGACGAUGAUCUACCAUCUCCCUUCACCGAUGAGAUAUUCGAGGAUCCCAACCUACCAGACGAUGAAGCGCAAGCUUUAUACAACAAACUCUUCGAGCCAAUGACACAACCAGACGUCUUUAUUGGGCCUUUGACCAAGUUUNUGCCAGGCCAGAGAUCUACAGACAAUUUAUAUGUAUUGGCCGCCAACACAGCAGCAGCAUUACGUGCAUGGCAGGACGAAUACCUCGAGCUUGAGAAGAUCACUGCUCCACAUGCCGCUAUCCCUCGUAAAGCUGCAACUGGUCAACGCAACCCGAUUGACCCUAUGGUAUAUGAGGAUCAGAAGGAAGCUGAGUUGUAUGACUAUGUGUUCGAUGCGAAGAAAGUCGGCAUGCAAGAUCCCAUUGCCCAGAAAGUCGUUAGAGAUGCUUCUGGCAGAGAAUUACGUACUCGUCAACCUCGUGGCCAGGCCAAUAAAGAGGCUUCCGCGGCUGCUGCGGCUGUUCCUCCAGAAGAAAUCAUCACAGGCAGACGGGCUAGAAAGCCGGUUGCCAAGUAUGACGGUGUUGUUUCCACUGAUCAAGUCAUGGGAAGGAAGAGAGGUGCAAACGCCAUGAGCGAGACUCCUGAAGCAGACGAACCUAUGGCAAAGCGAGGCAAAACAGCUACUCGGGGCGGAAGAGGAGGGCGAGGUGGUCGUGGCGGCCGAGGUGGCAGAGGCGGGCGUGGCGGCGGACGAGGUGGCUUGGUUGCAAAGCGUUUGCAAGAGCUCCGUGAAGAGAGUGCUGCAGUAUCGGCUACAGCAUCCGAAGACGAGCUUUCAGGCUCAGACGCAGGCAGUGUGCCACCAGAUACGCGAGAGAACAGUCCUGUACUCGAACUUCUACCUGCAACAGAGACAACCACGCCAGGGCUAGCAGAUGAGUCGCAGAUUGACCCGCAGAGCGAAGACGGACCAUCACUUACGGCUAGUGGAAAGAAAAAGGGACGACCAAAAGGAAGUAAAAAUCACCACAAGAGAUCAGAUGCUGGCAUUCCGAAAGGCCCUCGCGUACCUAAAGCUCAGGGCAACGGCACACCAAGUAUUGGAACUGCCAACUCUGACAUGCCACCAAGCGCAGAAACGAGCCUUACGCCUGUAUCAGCCGAUACGACACCAGUUGCACCAGCUACAGCAGGAGGUAUUCCAAUCGAUCCUAAGCGCAAGGUUCCUCGCAGCGAGAAGAGAUCCAAGAGUAUGGUUGAAUGGUGGGCUCGUCGCAAGGCCAAAGAAGCAGAGGACAAAGCGCGUGAAGCAGAAGCCCAGGCUGCCGAACGCCAUCGUGCUGCCGAAGCCCAUGCGCGAUAUAUGUCGCAGCAUGGCGGUUUGAUUGCUGCGCAACAACAGGCCCAGCAGCACCAACAUCAGCAUCAACAUCCACAGCAUCCGCCUCAGCAACAUCAGCAGUUUGGUGGUUAUACAGGGCCUUAUCCACCCACAGGCGUCCUGCCACCUCCAGGACCGCCCCAACAGAUGCCACAACACGUACCACAACACUGGGGUUCUGGCUUUGCACUACCCGGCCUCCAGGGUCCUGGUGGUCUAGUAUGGCAUCAACCUGUCCAUCAUCCGGGUCAAGGUCUGCCUCCAAUGCAACAGCAGCCUCCUCCAUCUCAGCAACAGCAGCAGCAAGGUUUACCACAAGGACCGGGUGGCCCACAAGGACCUGAGGGCCAUCGAAGGGAUCAACAUGGAUUUGUUAGGAGCUUUUGA